AUGACCAAUUACCAGAUCGAUGUGGUCUCGGACACUGUCUGUCCAUGGUGCUACGUGGGCAAGAACAGACUGGACCUAGCGAUCAAACAGUAUCAAGCGACCAACCCGAACGAUACUUUCACCACAUCGUGGCACCCAUUUUACUUGAACCCCGAUGCGCCCAAGAGCGUCGACAAGCAGGCAUACUAUGAGAAGAAGUUUGGACCGCAAAGGACGCAGGUGAUGCAGGGUCACCUUGCGAGAUUGGGAAAGCAGGUUGGAAUUGACUUCGCCUUUGGGGGCAAGACGGGCAACACUCGCGACAGCCAUCGCUUGAUCCAACUGGGCAAGACCAAGGGAGAGGAUGUCCAGACCAAGGUGGUGGAAUCGCUGUUCAAUGCGUACUUCGAGGAGAAUGAGGAUAUCACGUCGCGGGAGGUGUUGAUCUCGAGGGGUGUCAAGGCUGGAUUGAACGAGCAAGAGACGAGAGAUUGGAUGGAGUCUGGUAAGGGUGGUGAUGAAGUUGACAAGGAGGUCGCGAAGGCGCAGAUGCAGUUCAUCAGCGGUGUGCCGAAUUUCACCGUGAACGGCCAGUAUGAGAUCCAAGGCGCUGAAGAGCCAUCAGCAUUCUUGCAGGUCUUUGGAGAGAUCAAGGAUACCAAUGGCGCGAAUGGUCAGCUGAAGGGUGACAAUACCUGCUAG